CUUGGCUCCUCCUCAAACAAAGAACGGUGUCGUUUCCAUAUUUCAGAAGAGAAAAAACGCAAAACUCCGUCCGUCCUCCGGAGUCAAACCAAACACUAUUCAAUCCCGUCGUCGACGUUACUCUCUCAUCAUGGCCGGGAUCCUGAAUAGAUUGAGGAAUCUGGAUGCUUAUCCAAAGAUCAAUGAGGAUUUCUACAGCCGCACGUUAUCCGGCGGUGUCAUCACCCUCCUCUCCUCCGUUGUUAUGUUUCUUCUCUUCUUCUCUGAGCUAAGAUUAUAUCUCCAUACGGUUACCGAGACGAAGCUCAUUGUUGAUACAUCAAGAGGAGAAACGUUACGCAUCAAUUUUGAUAUGACGUUUCCUGCACUAGCAUGUUCUAUUCUCAGUGUCGACGCUAUGGAUAUCAGUGGAGAGUUCCAUCUUGACGUGAAACAUGAUAUCGUAAAGAGAAGACUAGAUUCUCAUGGGAACAUUAUAGAAGCAAGACAGGACGGUAUUGGUGCUACUAAGAUUGAAAACCCACUGCAGAAACAUGGUGGCAGGCUCGAACAUAAUGAGACUUACUGUGGUUCUUGCUAUGGGGCUCAAGCGGAAGAGCAUGACUGCUGCAAUUCAUGUGAGGAUGUUCGUGAAGCAUAUAGAAAGAAAGGUUGGGGGGUUACCAAUCCAGAUUUGAUUGACCAGUGUAAACGAGAAGGUUUUCUACAAAGAGUAAAGGAUGAAGAAGGGGAAGGGUGUAAUCUCUAUGGGUUCUUGGAGGUGAAUAAGGUUGCAGGAAACUUCCACUUUGCUCCCGGUAAAAGCUUUCAUCAGGCGGGUGCUCACGUUCAUGACCUUCUUGCUUUUCAGAAAGACAGUUUUAACAUAAGUCAUAAGAUCAAUAGACUGGCUUUUGGGGACUACUUUCCUGGUGUCUUUAACCCUCUUGACAGUGUCCAGUGGAGUCAAGACACACCUAAUGCUAUGUACCAAUAUUUUAUCAAGGUUGUACCAACAGUAUACAGAGAUAUCAGUGGACACACAAUUCAAUCAAAUCAGUUCUCAGUGACCGAACAUGUUAAGAGCUCAGAAGCAGGUCAGCUGCAGUCCUUACCGGGAGUUUUCUUCUUCUAUGAUCUCUCUCCAAUCAAGGUAACAUUUACAGAGGAACAUAUAUCGUUCUUGCACUUCUUGACGAAUGUUUGUGCCAUAGUCGGAGGUGUUUUCACGGUGUCUGGGAUAAUAGACGCGUUUAUAUACCAUGGUCAUAAAGUAAUCAAGAAGAAGAUGGAAAUUGGUAAAUUUAGCUGAUCCUUUUAUCAGCUGGUUUUACUUUUUGUGUUACGGAUAAUAUGGGGUCAAUGCGUCAAAUGUAAUUAUAAGUAUUUUUUUUUUGUUACCUUCAAUCUAUAUUUCAAUUUCAACAAAAAUUUCCUAGA